CCCGUAUUCCAUACACCACAGCAAAAACUUUCCACCAGCUUUUAGCACCUUCACGAUCCGCUUUUUCUCCAUUCACUCAAAUGCGAGUUAAUGCGCAGCGCAAAUACAAAAUCCAGGCGGUGCCUCCAUCUGAAACCCUGAACAUAACGCACCUAAAAAUAAAUUUUUCGGUUGUGCACAUUGACGAACACACCAUAUGAAUACGUCGUCUAAAUUUAGAAAGCGUUGCAUAGUUUGUAUACAUGUUGUGCCUACAUAAGUAUGUUUAUCGGUGUUAAGUGCGCAAAAAUCAUUAAACGACCCGCACUAUUGUUUACCUAAUGUAUGCGACUGUGUAGAUCAAGGAAGCAACAACUCGGAAGAUAACGCACGGGAAAGUGGACCAACAGGUUCGACUAGUUUUGUAUGAAAUAGGAUACUUCCAUCUACCGCUUCCGCUAGUUCGCGUUCCGAAUUGAAUCCAUCCUUUUUAACAGUUUAAUAAAAACACCACAACACACCAAAACUGCAAAAUGUUGUGGAAACUUCUCGCCGCGUUUCUGGUUGUCGUCACAGUGAUCCACACAGCCGACUGCAUCAAGUGUCACAACUGCACCUCCCACACGUCUACCAAGUGCGCCAAAAUAGAUUCCGGUGACACCUCCACACUCAUUGAGUGUGCGAAGCCAGGUGCUUUUUGCCGAAAGACUGUCCAAACGUUGGUGGAUAGUGGAGAGACGAGGAUUACCAGGCACUGUGGGUUUAUCAAGUUUGAAAAAUACGAUGGAGAUUAUUGCAUGACGUCCAACACCAAUUUUAAGAAGGAACUGAGCUGCCAGUGUUUUACUGAAGCCUGCAAUGGCAGCAAUGGUGUGAAGGCCAUCAGUGCGCUGGUUUUGAUUAUUUUUGCGGUUGUUAUUCGCUAGAGUUUUUGUUAGAGGUUUUCUAGUGUAAGGGGUUUGCAAAAGUUGUGUGCGAAUGACGGUAGAAACGAAUUUCAAGUAAAACUUAUUAUUUUAAUAAAAAUAGUAAGGAAACUCAAAAUUCGAGAGAUCUAGUUUUGCUGACGCUUAUUUUUGUAUUUUUAGUAUUUUAACAAGAAAAAGUGUACUCUGGAAUUAAAUUGUUAUGAAAUUUUUAAA